GCAGUGUAGCAAUGGGACGCUCCGCUUGUGAAAGAGGCUGCGUGAAUACCCCGGGAUGCGUGUGACAUUCUGCUGUGCGUAGCCUCUGGUACGGGGCAGCUCUGUCGCGGAUGACACACGGGCCCUGAGCAUCGGAGAGAUCCACAGCGGAGACGGGCUCCCUGGCAGCGGGAAGUCCGCGCCACAGCCGGGAUUACCGAGAGACUGGACCAUCUGCACUGGAGGGGGCCAUGCUGGAAUCUGGCUCUCUCUGAAAGAGACCCACGUUGAAGCCUGUUUCUCUGAUCGGGAGAAAUCCACAGCGGAGUCUGUGUUUCUGUGAAGGAGAGAUCCCCGUUGAAGCGUGAGAUCUGUGUGGGAGAGCGAUCUGUGAAGGCGCUGGUGUGCUGGUGACGGGGGGAUCCGUGCUCUGGGCACUGGCGGUCCCAGGUGCUGUGUUCUCACGCUCGCUCCGGGGGGGGGGAGGCUGACCCUUGAGGGUCGUUCCGCGGCGUCGGCACACGGUGACCUUCUGUGGAAUUCUCCCCCUCGCUCUGACGAAUGUGAUCUCCAUCUGUGGGUGACCGCAGUGCCGUUUUCUCCGUCUGGGCGCGGUGUCCGAUUACCCCGCCAUCAGAGAGGUGUCCCGGCGCUGGCCGCGGCCUCCCUCUGCGUGUGCGUGUCACCUCGCCUCGCCGCUCUCUGAACAUUGGGGGGAGGGGGGCAUUGUCUCUCCGGGCUGUAAACGGACAGCACAGGAAGGGGAUUGUUGGCGUCAGCUCGUUUGCAGGGCACAGAUAACUGGGACUUGGAAAGUGCUUGUUUCAGCAGCCGGGCUGGAUGAAUGGGGGGGCCCGGGCCUCUGAACACAGCCAUAGGCGAUCGCAGGCCUGUCAGUACGGAGGUUCGCGCUCCAGCUAUGCACCGCUCCCAGCCAGCGUAACGGGCCCCGGAGCUCGGACCAUGCCGCGGAGGUUCUAAUAAAUUUUUCCGGGGGAAUUCCCGGAAGAGGCGCGCGGGGAAAGUUUGCGGAUCUGCGCCGGAGCGCGUGCGAGCAGGGCGAAUGAGCCGCGUGUGCAUCGUGGUCCUAGAGGAGGUGGAAGAUGAGCCCUCCUUUCCUUCCAGGGUUUCUCUGGACCGCGCUUCCCAGCAUGCCUCUGACGCAGAUACUUGCGGUGUAAAGCCAGCACUGCUGAAGGCGAUAUUUAAUGUGGACCCAGAUGAAGUCCGCUCCCUCAUAUUCAAGAAAGAAGAUGUAAAUGUACAGGAUAAUGAGAAGAGGACUCCACUGCACGCUGCUGCGUAUCUUGGAGACGCAGAGAUCAUAGAGCUGCUGAUCUUAUCAGGAGCGAGAGUAAAUGCCAAAGAUAACAAGUGGCUGACCCCUCUGCACAGAGCUGUGGCGUCCUGCAGCGAGGAUGCAGUGCAGGUGCUGCUGAAGCACUCGGCAGACGUGAACGCGCGGGACAAGAACUGGCAGACGCCGCUGCACAUCGCCGCCGCCAACAAGGCGGUGCGCUGCGCCGAGGCCCUGGUCCCGCUCCUCAGCAACGUCAACGUGUCGGACCGGGCCGGCCGCACCGCGCUGCACCACGCCGCCUUCAGCGGCCACCUGGAGAUGGUGAAGUUGCUGCUGUCCAGAGGAGCCAACAUUAAUGCCUUCGAUAAGAAGGACCGUCGGGCGAUCCACUGGGCUGCGUACAUGGGGCACAUUGAGGUGGUGAAGCUUCUGAUUUCCCACGGCGCAGAGGCGACCUGCAAAGACAAGAAGGCCUACACCCCCCUGCACGCCGCGGCCUCCAGCGGCAUGAUCAGCGUCGUGAAGUGCCUUCUGGACCUGGGAGUGGAUAUAAACGAACCAAACGCGUACGGAAACACCCCCCUGCACGUGGCCUGCUACAACGGGCAGGACGUGGUGGUGAACGAGCUCAUCGAGUGCGGCGCCAACGUCAACCAGGUUAACGAGAAGGGCUUCGCCCCGCUCCACUUCACCGCCGCGUCCCGGCACGGCGCGCUCUGCCUGGAGCUGCUCGUCGGCAACGGAGCCGACGUCAACAUAAAGAGUAAAGAUGGGAAGACCCCCCUGCACAUGACCGCCAUCCACGGAAGGUUCUCCAGAUCUCAGGCCGUGAUCCAGAGCGGUGCUGAGAUAGACUGUGAAGAUAAGAAUGGUAACACCCCCCUGCACAUAGCAGCUCGAUACGGCCACGAGCUCCUCAUCAACACGCUGGUCACCAACGGAGCCGACACCGCCAGACGGGGUAUUCACGGGAUGUUCCCGUUGCACUUGGCCGCUCUCAGCGGGUUUUCCGACUGCUGCCGGAAGCUUCUAUCUUCUGGCUUUGACAUCGAUACCCCUGAUGAUUUUGGCAGGACGUGUUUACACGCUGCAGCGGCCGGAGGGAAUUUGGAGUGCUUAAAUCUCUUGCUCAACACUGGGGCAGAUUUCAACAGAAAAGAUAAGUUUGGGAGGACACCUCUGCAUUACGCUGCCGCCAACUGUAACUACCAGUGCCUGUUUGCCCUGGUGGGGUCUGGGGCCAGCGUCAACGACCUGGAUGAGAGGGGCUGCACCCCGCUACACUACGCAGCCGCCUCCGACACAGACGGAAAGUGCCUGGAGUAUUUACUGCGGAAUGACGCAAACCCAGGGAUCCGGGACAAGCAGGGCUACAACGCGGUGCACUACGCCUCGGCGUACGGCCACCGCCUGUGUCUGGAGCUGAUUGCUAGUGAAACACCUCUUGAUGUGCUUAUGGAGACGUCUGGGACCGACAUCCUGAACGACUCUGAUGUCCGUGCUCCCAUCAGCCCCUUACACUUAGCAGCUUACCAUGGUCACCACCAAGCUAUGGAGGUUCUGGUCCAGUCCCUACUGGACCUGGACGUGAGGAACAGCCAGGGCCGUACGCCCCUGGACCUGGCCGCCUUCAAGGGGCACGUGGAAUGCGUGGACGUGCUGAUCAACCAGGGGGCCUCCAUCCUGGUCAAGGACUACACCCUGAAGAGGACCCCCAUCCAUGCUGCAGCUACAAAUGGCCAUUCUGAGUGUUUGCGUUUGCUGAUUGGUAAUGCGGAUCUUCAGACUGCUGUAGACAUUCAGGACGGCAAUGGACAGACUCCCCUGAUGUUGUCUGUGCUGAGUGGACACACCGACUGCGUUUACUCCCUGCUCAACAAGGGGGCCAACGUGGACGCCAAAGACAAGUGGGGGAGGACCGCUUUACACCGAGGGGCGGUGACGGGCCAUGAGGAGUGCAUGGAGGCACUGCUGCAGCACAGCGCCAACUUCCUGGUCCGGGACUGUAGGGGGCGCACCCCCGUACACCUGGCAGCUGCGUGCGGACACAUCGGGGUCCUGGGGGGGCUUCUGCAGGCAGCGCAGUCCAUAGAGGCGCUCCCCGUCAUCACCGACAACCGGGGUUACACCCCCCUGCACUGGGCCUGCUACAACGGUCACGACACGUGUGUUGAAGUGCUGCUUGAGCAGGAGGUUUUCCGCAAGGUGGAGGGCAACGCCUUCAGCCCCCUUCACUGUGCUGUAAUUAACGAUAAUGAAGGGGCGGCUGAGAUGCUGAUCGACACCCUGGGUCCCGGAAUCGUGAAUGCCACAGAUUCCAAAAACAGGACCCCUCUGCACGCGGCGGCUUUCACGGACCACGUAGAGUGCCUGCAGCUGCUGCUGGGCCAGAACGCCCAGGUCAACAGCGUGGACGCUUCCGGAAAAACACCCCUCAUGAUGGCCGCCGAGAACGGCCAGACCAACGCCGUCGAGGUGCUAGUGAGCAGUGCGAAGGCGGACCUCACAAUGCAGGAUGCGAACAAGAACACUGCUCUGCAUCUGGCUUGCAACAAGGGGCAUGAGACGAGUGCCUUGUUAAUACUGGAGAAGAUAACCGACCGGAACCUCAUCAACUCCACAAACGCAGCUUUACAGACUCCCCUCCAUGUGGCGGCGCGGAACGGUCUGACGGUGGUGGUACAGGAGCUGCUGGGAAAAGGCGCCAGCGUGCUCGCUGUGGAUGAAAACGGCUACACCCCUGCCUUGGCGUGCGCCCCAAACAAAGACGUGGCCGACUGCCUGGCUCUCAUCCUGGCCACCAUGAUGCGCGUGUCCCCCGGCUCCAGCAUUCCCAACCUGAGCUUCAGUGCCAUCAACCACUACUCCAACCCCUCCAAGACGGUGACCUUCGACACCCUGCCCAUCCUGAGGAGCGAGCACAGCUCCUACUGCAGCUUCAACAACAUCGGCCGCGGGGACGGCUUCUACACCCCGGACGAUGAGCUCAAUGACUCCGACUCCGAGACCUACUGAGGGAGAGGGGGAGGGAGGGAGGGAGGGAGGGAGGGAGAGGGGGAGGCGAAGGGGAGGGGGACGGGAGCGGAGAGACACCGCUGUCUUAAUCACCAGAGCCCACCUGGCUGAGAAGCCCUUCAGCCGGGCGUGCCUACGACUCAGGAGUCCCACACGGAGAGAGACGCGCGGGAGGCCGGCCUACACCACUGCUUUCUCAUCUUCAUCUUCAUAUUCUUCAUCAUCAUCCAGCGCCACGGGUCAGCACAUUUCCGCAGUUACUCCAGCCCAGCUACGCAUGACCUCAGUGAAGGUGUUCAGACUGAGCAAUGAGACGGAGACUGAGCAUUUCAGCCAUCAGCCACUGAGGCAAUAAUCCUGUGUCAUCAGAGCACUUAUGGGGGAGGGGGGGCUGACCGAAGGGACCAAAAAGUCGUCCGAAACAUUCGAACCGGUCAUGACUGCAAAUAAGCUUUGAAUUAGGCUGAUAGAACGGUGACUUGGAUUGCUUUUUUGCGAUGGAGAAUGAGAAAGUCUUUCCUUUUUUUUGUCCUGUUGCUGCACUCUGAGUCAAGACGCACAUACCUGCAUCAUCUUUGAUUAAUGUGGGGGUGAGGGGAAUAAAUAUUUUUGAGACAAAAUUUUAAUAAAACGGUCGAGCGUUUUUGCGUAUAAUUUUGAGACCAGCCUGCGUGGUGCUGUCAGGGUUUUUACACUAAACUCCAGAACCUCUGGAAAUUCGCAUCAUUUAUUAACUGUAUUGAAGAUUAAAGAUCUGAUUUGAAAAAAAAAAUUGAACAUACAGUUGUAACUUAAGCUAACCACAAUGACAGAUUAAAACUGGCCUUCCCAGUCCAUUAUUUUAGAAAUAAAGGAUUGAUCUUUUCCAUUAGUGAUAUCUGUAGGUCAUUUUCAUCAUUUUGUGCCUUCAUGAGUUUCUUAAUGAAAAGAAGGUGUACCAGAAGCUACCAGAGGGGACACUGUUGAUGGACAAAGAGUAACACUACGUUUGUGAAAAGCACUGAUACUGUAAGCCAGGCAAUUAGCUGCAAGCAUGGUUUGCUCUGGGGUGAAGAACACUGUCUAAACCAAGAACACAACACCAUUGAAUUCCUUAUAUACAAGAUAUGAUUUAUGUUUAUUUUUUUCCUCCUCUCCUUGAUGUCAUUUUGAAAGGUUUCGCUUGCAUUCAUUUGAAGAAACCAUCCAGUCCUGUAUGUGAUUGUUAGAAAAACGAAAGCAUUAUUUUUGUUUUUUCUUCAAUGAUUUUUAAAAAAAAUAUUUUAAACUGGAAAUCUGUACACUAUAUCGACUGGCUUCAUGAAAGUGGAACAGAAAGAUUUUUUUCCUUUUGUUUUGAAGGGAUGAAACUAGCAUGUUCAUAGGAAAUAGUGACUGCUUGGAUACUAUACCUUCAUGCACACUUUCAGUACAUCUGAGAUUCCUGUAUAUUUUAUGGGUAAUAAAAUCCUGAAGUGGGUUAUGUAAUUUAAUAA